CGAAAUACCCAUCGGGGGCAGGACCAGGGGGCGUUAUAAAGAGACCAGUGUUGGGACCCCCAAGCAUCACUACCUCUGGCUGCACACUUCACCACGUUGAAGAGUAGUGAGACACCAUGCUGUUCCUCUUUGCGUCGCUCUGCCUGCUGGCCACGUGCUGGGCCCAGGACUGCCAGGUGGCCAACAUCCCCGUCAUGCAGAACUUCGACAAAUUCAGGUAUGGGGGGACGUGGUACGCAGUGGCCAAGAAAGACCCCGUGGGCCUCUUCCUUCUGGACAACGUGGUCGCUGACAUGAAGGUGGCCGAGGACGGGUCCAUGACCGCUCAAGCCGUCGGCAGAGUCAUCAUCUUGAACAACUGGGAGAUGUGUGCCAACAUGUUUGCCACAUUCGAGGACACCCCCGACCCCGCCAAGUUCAAGAUGAAGUACUGGGGAGCCGCCUCCUACCUGCAGACUGGCUACGACGACCACUGGGUGAUUGACACCGACUACGAGAACUACGCGGUGCACUACUCGUGCCGCGAGGUGGACUACGACGGCACCUGCCUGGAUGGAUACUCCUUCAUCUUCUCCCGCCACCCCACCGGACUGAGGCCCGAGGACCAGAAGAUCGUCACGCAGAGGAAGCAGGACCUGUGCCUGCUGGGCAAAUACAGACGCGUCCCACACACAGGUUUCUGCGAAGCAUCAUAAAUCACAGCACACAUGACGCAAGAGGACAACUGUACGCUUUAGCUGUGGGCACUGAAGCAUGUUGACACAGCUUCUCUCUCUCUCUCUCUCUCUCUCUCUCUCUCUCUCUCUCUCUCUCUCUCUCUCUCUCUCUCUCUCUCUCUCUCUCUCUCUCUCUCUCUCUCUCUCUCUCUCUCUCCCUGGAGGCUUAGGCAAAGGAAAUUUUGAGGCAAGGAAUUAGGCACCCCCUGGCCCAGACUGUAGCAAAAUAAAUAUUAUGUGGGUGCACAGUUGCUUGGCUUGACAUUUUCAGAGACAAUAAUCAUCAUUAUUUUGCUACAACUACAAACCGUUGUGCUGCCUGCCUGCCUGCCCGGCUACUGGAAUGUCGUUUCAGUAUUUAAGUUAUAAUGCCUGUGGCGAAUGUUUGGGAAGCGGGGAAAAUACCUGAUGGUGUUUUUUUUUACUUAAUCUACAUAAAGGUGGCAUUGUUUGAGGACUUCAAAUUGGGAACUGUACAUACACGACAACAAAAAAAUAAAAAAUAAUAAAUGAACAUUCCUCUCUGGUUAAAAAAACACAUCCUGACAACCUGAAACUCAGGUUGGUGAAAAAUAUGCAAGGCUGAAUGUAUUAUGAUGAUUUAAAUGUACUGCAAUAUGUGACUGUGAUUUUUUUCUAAAUAAAAUGUUAAAAUCAA